CGAAAAUAUCCACAAUGAAAAAAAAAGCAGCCAUCUUCACAUUUGCCAAUCAUGCGGCCGUCCCGCAAAUUCCUGCGUCUGCUGACUCUGCUGAGCUUCUGUUGCGGCGUGGCGCUGCUCGGCUUCGCGCUGCACGUGGUAAUGACCACAGACUUUGGUGCCAGUGCUGCGGCCCUAUCAGCUCUAGGCAUGGGCGUCGUGUUGCUCUCGUUGUUGGGCUUCAUAGGCGCCGGAAGGGACAAGAGCCGCUUACUGUUGAUCUUCUUCUUCGUCAACUUCCUGCUAGUCACUGGGCUCUUUGUAGCCUGCUACACAGCAUUCUUCUUCCAGGACGCACUCGAGUCUUGGGUUAAGCACCACUGGACGGCAAAUGUGCUGGCGGCGCUGCGAGAUUCCUCGUGCUGUGCAACGUACAGCGAGGCGGUGGAUUAUCUGGAGUACCGAGUGGUGGCCAUUGGAGCCAUUGGCGUGGCUUGUAUGCUACUGGUCAUUGCUUCCAUGUACUGCGUUGUACGGAUCGUCACUGUACCCAUUAUCAUGCGCAGUAUGCUGUCGGUUAUGAAUGCCAUAUUCACUCUGCUGGGCACCGGGCUCUUCAUCUUCGGACUGUCAGUCAAAGUACACGAUGAGAUGACGUCUGGCCAGAGGUGGAUAGCCAUUAUCUUCAUUGUUGUCGGCACUCUGAUGGUCGCGCUCUCGGUGCUAGGUUUCAUCGGAUCGAAGUCCAAGAGCCGAUCGCUGCUUCUUAUAUACAUUAUCGGCCUCGGUAGCUGUCUCAUUGCGCUUCUGGUGUGCUCUGUGAGCGCCUUCUCCUUCUCGGAUCAUCUGGCAUCCACGUACAACGCGCACACGAGCUCAACUCUAGCUUGCGAUAUCAAUCUUUCAGGUUGUACCAACUGCACUGACAUGGCUACAGAAAUAAUCCCGUGCAAUGGUGUCCUAAAGACAUCCGAUGGCUUCUGGGUUCCAUGCAAUUCCACUUCAUUCAACGAUGGGAGUAUGAGCUCGGGCAGCGACUGUAUCGAAGGAAUGACGGUACUCAAUACCAAAGCUGACCAGGGCUACGAACAGAACGAUGUACGUAUCCUGUAUUUUAUCCUUUUUUUUAACCGUCUACUUAACUGUGUCAUGCAACUUAACGCUUAUGUUGUAGAUUGCUCAGUGCGGUAAAUGUCCAGAAUGGUCAGCCUCCGACGUCCAAGCUUAUCUUCGAAGUACACUUCAUCUCCUCGGACUCUUCGCCGUAGUAGUUUGCCUCUUUAUGGUCGUAGGAUUUGGUAGUGCGCUAGUACUACGACGAAGCCUCGCAGGAUACCAGACCGAUUCCAUCUAACACUACCGGGAUACCAGUAGAACAAUUCAAAAUUAAUCACUCCUCUUGGCCUUAGAUCCUCGCGUA